UUUUUGGACUCCUCGAGGAACCGUCGCUAGGAGGCUGAACGAGUAGUUUCUAACGUUCUCUGUGGUUGCCACGGCAACGGGAGAAAACACAAGAGGUGUGCGCGGCAUCAGGGAAGAUCCACAGCAUCUAGAUGCGAUCGGCGCCCGGAAUCUGCGGUACCGAGGAGGAGCCUCUGUUAUCGGAACAAUGCCUUAAAUUGCAAGCGUGGACUGAGCGUUAAUAGAGCGGCUGACGGCAUCAUGGAGGAGAUUCCAGUAAAAGUAGCAGUGCGGAUUCGGCCUCUUCUGUCAAAAGAGAUUCUUCACAAUCACCAAGUGUGUGUGAGGGUUGUUCCCAAUACACAGCAGAUCCUAAUUGGGAAAGACCGCGUCUUCACAUUCGAUUAUGUCUUUGGGAAAGCUGCAUAUCAGGAUGAUGUUUACAGCAACUGCAUCAAACCCCUAUUGGUGUCCUUGAUUGAAGGAUACAAUGCAACGGUGUUUGCUUAUGGACAGACUGGCUCUGGAAAGACCUACACAAUCGGAGGUGGCCAUGUUGCUUCUGUUGCUGACGAAGAAAAGGGUAUAAUUCCACGUGCCAUCCAGGAGCUCUUCCAGUUAAUCUCUGAAAACCACAACACUGACUUUAACAUUACAGUGUCUUAUAUAGAAGUUUACAAGGAAGAUCUGCGGGACCUUCUGGAACUUGAAACAAAUGUAAAAGAUAUUCACAUUAGGGAAGAUGAGAAGGGAAACACAGUUAUCAUUGGUGCCAAGGAAAGCCAAGUAGAAAGUGCAGAUGAAGUUAUGAGUCUUCUUGAAUCUGGAAGCGCAGCACGGCACACUAGUACCACGCAAAUGAAUGAACACUCCAGUCGUUCUCAUGCAGUCUUUACAAUUACCAUAUGUCAGCAAAGGGACAAAAACGUCAGCGUUGCUGAAAGUACUACUGCAAGGUCAGUUCAGAUGAUCACAUCAAAAUUUCAUUUUGUGGACUUGGCAGGCUCAGAAAGAGUGACAAAAACUGGAAACACCGGAGAGCGAUUUAAAGAGUCAAUCCAGAUAAACAGCGGUUUGCUUGCCCUGGGUAAUGUUAUAAGUGCAUUGGCUGAUCCCAGGAGAAAAAGUGCGCACGUGCCUUACAGAGAUGCUAAGAUUACUCGCAUUCUUAAAGACUCCUUAGGUGGAAAUGCCAAAACGGUCAUGAUUACAUGCAUUAGUCCUUGUACAUCAGACUUCGAUGAGUCUUUAAAUUCUCUUAAGUAUGCCAACCGAGCUAGAAAUAUAAAAAACAAGCCAAUCGUAAAUUAUAACCCAGACUGGGACAGAAUGGAUGAAAUGGAAUUGGAAAUUAAAGCACUUAGGGAAGCUUUACAGAACCAGCAGAGCAGCAGGGUAAGCCGACUAAGCCAACUGUCUCAAGACUGGGGCCAAGAAAAGAGCAAGAUUCGAGGUCUAGAAGAGCAACUUGCACAAUUUCAACUGGAGUGUUACAACCACAGACUCUGUACAGAGGAAGCUUUAUCUUUAUUCCAUGAAUUGAAGGUCGUGUCUGGCCUUACAAAAUCCCAAAAGAAUCGACUCGAGAGCUGGCUGGUUAUGGCAGAGGAGCUAAGAAGUGAGACGGCCUCUAUUCCUGGACCUGACGAUGCAAUCACCAGUGGCAGAGAGGAACCACAUCAUAUCACCAUACUACAGCUUAAAAGGGAGCUAAAGAAAUGCCAGGACGCUCUUGCAGCAGAUGAAGAAGUAUUCGCUAAAAAGGAGCAGGAGCUGAAGGAGUUUCAGGAGAAAGUUGAAGCCUUACAGAAAGACACUCAAGAUUAUCAGGAAUCUUUGGAGGAGACCGAGCACAGCAAGAAUCUACAGACGGAGAAACUUGUGGAGCAACAACUUCUUAUUGAUGAACUGAGGAAUAAAGUGGAAUUGCUGCAGAAUGAAUCUUCACGAGAUUCUGUGAGGGAGCAAGAAAAUAUAACCAAGAGACCUUAUAGUGUACCAUUGAGUCACCAAUCUGAAAUGAUAGCUGCAAGCUUCAGGCAGUCUACUCACCUAUCGGAACCAAGGAAGGUGCGCACCAGUCCUCCCUCAUACUCUUUGGAAAGAGUAGUUGCUGGGUUUCGAACUCGCAGCCAGAUGCUUUUGGAUUUAAUAGAAGAGCAGGAUGAGGUUUUGCAUGAAAAGUUCUCAGAUCAUAGCGACGAGGAAGAAGAAAAAGCAGAAAAAGUGAAUGCAAACAAACCUAAAUCUCCAUUUAGACGGUCCAUCAAUCGCACAUGGACCCGAAGACCUGUGUCUGAGAUUGGAGAGCUAAAUAAUGGUGCUGUACAGACCUCUUCCAUCAGUGAGGAAUUGAUGGGAACUAAUAUGGAAUCAGUACGAGAAAACCAGAGCCUUCAUUUGAAAAAACUUAAAACGGCUGAACUUCGGCUUGCUGAUGCAAAACAGAAGAUGAGGGAGCUGACAAUUAAUAUCAAAAUGAAGGAGGAGCUGAUUAAUGAACUUGUUAAGACAAGUAAUGGUGCUCAGUCCAUGAACAAGCAUUAUUCUGUGAAGAUUGCCCACCUGGAGCAAGAAGCAGAUCAGGCAAAAACCGAAUUAUCGGAAGCUCAGAAACAGCUGCAGGAACUGGAGGACAAAGAGUCAAGGGAUCAGGUUCAAAAAGCAAAGUUACAGAAAGACUUUCGUAAGAAGAUGGAGGCUGCAAAAAUAAAAAUGCAGAUAGUACAGAAGAAGCAGCAAGACACAAAAAAAUUUGCAAGUCUUUCCGUUCAGAAUGAGAAGUGUGUAGCAGAUGCAGAAAAAAACAUUCUGAACAUGCGACAGCAACAGAGCCAAUUACAGAAAAAGCUAAAAGAAGAGACUGAGAAAAAAAGGAAACUUGAACUGGCUGUUCAAAAGGACCAACAGCAAAUCAAGGAGCUUCAGUUAAGGACUGAACAGCAGCAGAAGAUGUUGAAGCUGAAAAAUGAAGAGAUUGCAUCUAUUCGAAGACAGAAGAGCUCUAAUAUACCAGACCAACUUCAGCUUAAAAUGGAAGAACAGAAGAAGUGGCUUGAUGAGGAGGUUGAGAAGGUGUUAAAAGAGCGUCAAGCUUUGAGUGAAUUGGAAGAUGACUUAAAGAAAAGGGAAGAGAGUAUUACUAAGAUGGAAGCCAUGCUUAAAGAGAAGAGCCAGCUAGAGAUGAAAAAGCUACGUUCAAGUCAAGCAAUAAACAGUGACAUGCUGAGGAUGUCGACACGUUUGAAUGCUGUAGAAAGUGAACUGAAGGAUAAGAGUAAGAAAUUGCACAGCAGUAAUAGUGAAGAUGAAAGAGGAAUAUCUGAGGAGGUCAAAGUCCUGCAGAAGGAGCGGGAUCAUCUCCUACAGAGGAGGGACAGCCUUGAUGAAAAACUAAAGAAUGGCACAGUGCUGUCACCAGAGGAAGAGCACAUCUUGUUCCAGUUGGAAGAAGGAAUAGAUGCCUUGGAGGCUGCCAUUGAGUAUAAAAAUGAAUGCAUUCAAAGCCGACAACAGGUCUUAAAAGAGUCCUCUCAAAUCCUCACACAGAGUGAAAACCAUGUCAUUGAAAAGUUCAGCUCCUUUUCUGCUGCCGAGACAAGAUCUAUCCUUGUCAAGUACUUCAAAAAGGUUGUGACUCUACGAGAGGCAGAACGGAAGCUGCAGCUGCAGUGCCAAGAGCUAAUUAUGAAAGUGUCGGAGCAGGAAAAUGUAGUGAGAGAGCUGGAGUCUGCUUUGGAGCAUCUUGCACUGCAAACUGACAGGAGGAUGACCCAGCAACAAAAGGAACAUGAACAAAAGAUGCAGCUUAUUCUACAGCACUUUAAAGAUAACGACAGUGGAGUCACUGCAGAAAACACCAAGAUAUAUGAAGCAAAGAUUGAGGAGUUGGAAAAGGAGCUUUACUUUUACAAGACUACCAGCCGAGAAUUGAGAAAAAGGCUGAGGGACUUGGUGGGAGAAUCUAAUGUGACCACUUCUAAAAACAAUGGCUCGGGUGACGUUCCUCAAAACAGGAACGAACCACCACCAGUGAUGACUAAGGAGCAGAAAUGGGCAUCAAAGAUUGAAAACCACAAAGCCAACAGGAAAUCGAAAGACACUGCAAAUAACAGGAUCCAGCAAACCAUGACCAGACUUGGAGAUCUUGCUGGGCCUGGAGAACAGGUCUCUGAAUCAUACAGGCAAAUCAGAAGGCACUUCUCUUCUGGAGAUGACCCAGAGGACUUCGUAGAACCACAUAGCAUAAAGUCUCAAGCUCAGCCUCCUACGCCAAUGACAAAAGCAGAAAUCAACAGAUCACCCCUUGUAGUAAAUGCAGUGAAACUGUCUCGACGAGAGGUGCGGCAGAUCUCUGUAUUAGAGCUAUCAACUAGACGCUCUAGCAUUGGAUCCAUAGUUGCAGAUUCAAUUGAACUUGCACAAAAGUCAACAGACUUUAAGUAGUAAGUUGAAGGAAACUUGUAGCACUUCAGCAUUUUCUUUUGUGAAAACAGAAAAGUUUAAAAGCCACUUGGCAAACCAAGGCCACUUUAUUUUUUUUUACCACUUUAUGUAAACUUAUAUUAAAAUCAAUAUGGAAGGUGCAAUUGGUAACCUUUUAGAAAAAUCCAUUUACUUUAUUGUCCCUGACCUAGAACAAUGAGCAUGCAGCAAGAGAAAUCGUAGUUAAGUCAGAACACCCGAUUCAUAUUUAUUCUCUAGGUCAGUGAUUUAAAAUAUUGAAACCAUUGGAUCAGCAAGAAAGCCGGGCAUCUAGUAUCUUAAGAAGGACAUUGACAAGACAAGCCCAUUCACAGCACAGGUUUUCUUUAAUAAGAAAAUGCCAGCACUAACUUUUGGACUACCAUAUUGUUGUCACUGUGUUUUUGAGAUUGUUUCAGUGGCGGCCCAUCCAUUAGGAGCGCCUGGGCGCCGGCCCCUCUCUCCUCUCCACACCCUCUAUGCAGUGGAAAGAUUCAUGCAUAGCAUGAAUCUAUCCAUGACCACCCCCUAUUCAUGUGUCCGGCCCCUUUCGGGUCACCGGGCACAUAAAUUACAGCGGCCAGGUUUUUUUUUUUUAUUAAGCACUUGAUUAGAGCCAUAGACUCUAAAAUGCUUCAAAAUAGCGUGGGCUUGGGUAGCAGAGCAUGCGUCCUAAGUCCAUCCAGGUGUGUUGCAACAGCGAAUGAAUAUUCGCUGUUGCAACACUGAUCCUCCUCCCGGCCAAUCUGGAAGUGGGUCUGGUACUCCUCACUCGAUUGUCUGACAGUACAGGCGAUCCUAUUGGACGCCUUGCAAGGAGGAGAGAAGAGAGACAACAGCGUCUCUAUGAGAGGAAAUGGAGCUGCUCCUGGGACACAUCUUGCUGCCAUUAACCCGCUACCUAACCCGCCACUAAGAUGUGGAAAGUGCUGGGCAG